CUCUCUCUCUCACUCACUGAAACUCUUCUCACACCAUCACACACUUUUUCUCUUCUUCUCUUCUUCACACUAUUUAUUAUUAUUCAUCAUAAUCUCCUUGCUUCAUUUUAAUGCCAUAAUUGCUGAAUUAUCAAUUUGAUAGAGUUGAGAUGUUUGGGGAGUCAUCAGGAAGGUGGUUGGAUUCUGAAUUAUGGCAUGCUUGUGCUGGUUCCAUGGUUCAAAUGCCACCUCUGAACUCAAAAGUUUUGUACUUUCCACAAGGGCAUGCAGAGCAUGCUCAUGGAGGAAAAGUGGAUUUCACAACAAGAAUCCCUUCUUUCAUUCCAUGCUGGCUUUCUGGACUCAAAUACAUGGCAGAUUCUGAUACUGAUGAGGUCUUUGUUAAGUUGUCUUUGACCCCUCUCACUCAAGAAAACACCAAUGCAUUGUUAAUGGAUUUGGAAGAUGGUGGUGAUGAUUGUGGUAACAACAAUGGAGGAGUUGUUGAGGGGGGUCAUCAAGAGAAACCUGCUUCAUUUGCAAAGACAUUGACACAAUCUGAUGCCAACAAUGGUGGAGGGUUCUCAGUGCCUCGUUACUGUGCUGAAACCAUAUUCCCAAGGCUGGAUUAUUCUGCUGAUCCUCCUGUUCAGAACAUUGUUGCCAAAGAUGUUCAUGGAAAUUGCUGGAAGUUUAGGCACAUCUAUAGAGGGACUCCUCGCAGGCACCUAUUGACCACUGGAUGGAGCAAUUUUGUGAGCCAGAAGAAGCUUGUAGCUGGUGAUUCCAUUGUGUUCUUGAGAGCUAAGGAUGGUGAUCUGUGUGUUGGGAUAAGGAGGGCCAAGAAGGUGGCAGUUGGAGACGGCGAGGUGUCGGUGUCAUCGGUGGUUGAAGCUGUGAGUUGUGGUGUUAAUGGAAGGCCAUUUGAGGUUGUGUACUAUCCAAGGGGAAGCUCACCUGAGUUUUGUGUUAAGGCCUCAGUUGUGAGAGAUGCAAUGAAAGUGAGGUGGUGUUCUGGGAUGAGGUUCAAGAUGCCCUUUGAGACUGAGGAUUCUUCUAGAAUCAGUUGGUUCAUGGGAACCAUUUCUUCUGUUCAGCUUCUUGAUCCCAUUCAUUGGCCUAAUUCUCCAUGGCGUCUUCUGCAGGUGGUGUGGGAUGAACCAGAAUUACUACAGCAUGUGAAGUGUGUAAAUCCUUGGUUGGUUGAAUUAGUCUCAGACAUUCCCACCUACCAUCUUUCUCCAUUCUCUCCAACAAGAAAGAAACCAAGGUUUCUUCACAACCAAGAUUUUCACCUCAUCAAUAACCAACUUCCAAUAAUGCCAGGAUUUCCCAGCAAUUAUAGUUACAGUAAUGAUAAUCAUCUUGUUAUGAAUCAUUCUUCUAAGUCCUUAAUGAUGAACAUUCAAGAGAAUAACAGUAUUGCAGGCAUACAGGGAGCCAGGCAUGCUCAACUUCUUGAUCUGUCUCCAUCUGAUUAUCCUUUCUUCAACAAGCUUCCAUCACAAUCACAAUCACAAUCACAAUCACAAUCACACAAUAUGCAUCUUAUUAGUCCCCCUUAUUGUGGGACCUAUAAGAACAACAAUGCUGAUAUAUCUUGCUUGUUAAGUGUUGGAAAUUCUAGCCAUAAUUUAAAAGAAGAACACAAUGAAGAAGUGAAAUCAUCAUCACCACCAUCCCAUAUCUUCUUGUUUGGACAACUGAUUCACACUGAACAGCAAUGUUCAAACGGUGGCAGUUCUAGCUCAAAUGGGAACAAUUCAUCUGAUGAAGGGACUUUGCUGAAGAUGAAAUCAAAUAAUGCUUCUGAAUUGCAUCUAAAUAGUAGUCCAGUAGAGAAGAACCCUUCUUCUAAUGGAGGGUCUCCCUGGUACAAAGAUCAGCACAAAUCUGGUCUUGGAACAGAAAAUGUUAAUCUACUUUGCUUGGCUCUAUAGCAAGCCAAAGUGUUUCAGUUGCUGUGCUUCAGUGAGUUCUUGAAGAAGAAGAAGACACAUCAAAGAGCCUAAUUAACUAUUCUUUUCAGUUUCAGCUGUAGCAUUAGGAUUUCCUUUGUUGAUAGGUGCAGAUUUUCAUUUGGCAUAGUUUUUCCUAGGUGCAAGUUAACAAAAAUAUUUCUCACUCAUAAAAUAAAACUACUACUAUAAUAUUAUUUAGUGAUAACAACUUUGAUGAACUAGAGUGCUAAUAUUUUCGUUAACUUGCAUUGCACCUGACUGAAGUUUUCUGUUUUUCUGCUAUAUUUUCUUUAUUAAGAGAUUGUGGGGAAUAUAUCACUCCUUAUGUACUUUUUCUGAAGGAAAAUGUUAUAUAAUGUUUUAGAUUA